GCGUCUGAGGACCGUUCCCUCCGCCCCCCUUUCCUGGUGCAGCUCCCCGGGAGAGGGCGGGGCUUCACAGUGAGCUAAGAUGGGUCACGUGUCGAGCCCGCGUUGCUGGGCGCCGCUGCCCUGACGCAGGCCGGCUCGUCAGUCUAGUGGUGGGCUCUCCGAGGGAAGGCUUCCACAGCGGGUCCCGCCUCUCCGUGCGGCCGCCAUGGAUCUGACGUUAAGCCGGGCAGACUACCUCCAGGUGGUUGUUGGAGAUCAAGAUGGGGUAGUGAUAUGCUUCGGCGUGAAGAAAGGAGAAGCUGUGCCAGUGUUCAAGACUUUACCAGGGCAGAAGAUCUCGAGGCUGGAACUAGGAGGGGCCGUCAACACGCCUCAGGAGAAAAUCUUCAUUGCUGCAGGGUCCGAGAUUAGAGGCUUUACAAAGAGAGGGAAACAGUUUCUCUCUUUUGAAACUAACCUCACGGAAAGCAUUAAAGCUAUGUACAUAUCUGGCUCUGACCUCUUCCUCAGUGCAAGCUACAUCUAUAAUCACUACUGUGAUUGCAAAGACCAAAAUUAUUACCUUUCUGGGGACAAAAUCAAUGAUGUCAUCUGCCUUCCUGUGGAAAAGUUAUCUCGCGUGACACCGGUGUUGGCCUGCCAGGACCGGGUGCUCCGAGUCUUACAGGGAUCUGAUGUGAUGUAUGAAAUUGAGGUUCCUGGUCCACCCACCGUCUUAGCACUGCAUAAUGGAGAUGGAGGUGACUCUGGAGAAGGACUUCUGUUCGGCACAUCAGAUGGAAGACUUGGGCUUAUUCAGAUCACAACAUCCAAACCAAUACACAAAUGGGAAAUUCGAAAUGACAAAAAGCGGGGAGGUAUCUUGUGUGUUGACAGCUUUGAUAUCAUGGGUGAUGGGGUUAAAGAUUUACUUGUUGGGAGAGAUGAUGGAAUGGUGGAAGUAUAUAGUUUUGAAAAUGCAAAUGAACCUGUGCUACGAUUUGAUCAGAUGCUGUCUGAAAGCGUCACCUCCAUCCAGGGUGGCUGUGUGGGAAAAGAUGGCUAUGAUGAAAUUGUGCUGGCCACAUAUUCAGGCUGGGUGACAGGGCUGACUACAGAGCCAACUCAUAAAGAAAGUGGACCAGGAGAAGAACUAAAACUUAAUCAGGAAAUGCAGAAUAAGAUUUCUUCUUUAAGGUCUGAAAUAGAACACCUGCAGUUUAAGGUGCUUCAGGAGAGAGAAAAUUACCAACAGUCUUCACAGUCAAGCCAAGCAAAGUCAACAGUCCCUUCAUUCAGUAUAAAUGACAAGUUCACAUUGAAUAAAGAAGAUGCUAGCUACAGCCUCGUCUUAGAGGUGCGGACUGCAAUAGACAAUGUCCUAAUACAGAGUGAUGUUCCAAUAGAUCUACUUGAUGUGGACAAGAAUUCUGCUGUUGUGAGCUUCAGCAGCUGUGACACAGAGUCAAACGACAACUUUCUUCUUGCUACUUAUCGGUGCCAGGCAAAUACCACCAGGCUGGAGCUCAAGAUUCGUUCAAUUGAAGGCCAGUAUGGCACACUCCAGGCAUAUGUGACUCCAAGAAUCCAACCAAAAACCUGUCAGGUUCGCCAAUACCACAUCAAACCUCUAUCACUCCAUCAAAGAACUCACUUUAUUGACCAUGACAGGCCUAUGAACACACUGACUCUAACAGGCCAGUUCAGCUUUGCUGAAGUUCACUCCUGGGUGGUGUUCUGCCUGCCUGAAGUUCCUGAAAAGCCUCCAGCAGGGGAAUGUGCAACAUUUUACUUUCAGAAUACCUUUCUGGAUACACAACUUGAGUGUGUAUACAGGAAAGGAGAAGGAGUUUUUAAAUCUGACAACAUUUCUACAAUAUCCAUCCUAAAAGAUGUGCUUUCUAAAGAAGCUACAAAAAGGAAAAUUAAUCUCAACAUAUCAUACGAGAUAAACGAGGUGUCUGUCAAGCACACUUUAAAGCUAAUUCACCCGAAGCUGGAGUAUCAGCUGCUUCUGGCUAAGAAAGUGCAGUUAAUCGAUGCCCUGAAGGAAUUGCAGGUUCAUGAGGGAAAUACAGACUUUCUGACUCCAGAGUACCGAUGUAUUCUAGAAGAGGCAGAUCAUCUACAAGAGGAAUACAAAAAGCAGCCUGCACAUCUUGAAAGACUCUAUGGUAUGAUUACUGAUCUUUUUAUAGAUAAAUUUAAGUUCAAAGGCACUAAUGUAAAAACCAAAGUACCCAUGCUCCUGGAGAUUCUCGACAGCUACGACCAGAACACACUGAUUUCUUUCUUCGAUGCAGCAUGAAAGAUAAACAAGGUAGGCCAACAGGACAGCCGAAGAAGCAAGCAGAGCCUGAUCAGACCCGAGGCACCUCAGAUGGACGUCCCACAUGUAAUCAGAAGAGUGACGGCCUCUAAGCAUCCCCCUACGAGUACCCAUGAAAGUCCUUUUUAUUGUGUACUUGAGGGGAAAAGAAGAUCUUUUAGUCAUUCAUUUCAGGGGAAUAUUGCAUUGAAAGUUUUAGAAUACUAUUAAAUAAGAGCAAAUAAGCUGUCUUUUGUUUUCAAAGGGUAGUUAUGAAAACAAUGAUUACAUUUUAUUAUAUUUUAUGUAUGAUUCUUAACUAUUAAAUGUGAACAUUUAAGGUAAUA